AUGAAAGCCAUGGAUGGUGAAAUUGAGAGGUUCAUCAAGGUGUGGCUCACAACCAUCACAUGUUUAUGUUAUUGUUAUUACAUAGCUUCUAAAAUACCAAAAGGUUUCUUCAGGCUUCUCUCCCUCCUUCCAAUUCUCUACCUCUUCCUCAUCCUUCCAUUGAACCUCUCUUCCUUCCACCUUGGUGGCCCCACCACCUUCUUCCUUGUUUGGCUUGGCAUUUUCAAACUCAUCCUCUUCUCCUUCAACCAAGGCCCUCUUGCCCUAUCUCCCCCAAACAUUCUCCAUUUCAUCUCCAUAGCUUCCCUCCCCAUCAACCUCCAACACCACCACCCCACCAACGCCAACACAAAACCCAAAUGGCUUUUCCUCCUAAAAAUGCUUAUUUUAUCCAUGAUCUUUCGUGCUUAUGACUAUAGAGAAAAUUUGCACCCUUAUUUCAUCCUAGUCCUUUAUUGUUGUCACAUGUACCUUGGCGUGGAACUUGUCUUAGCCCUUUCUGCUGUACCGGUUCGAACCCUUUUAGGGUUCAAAAUAGAACCUCAAUUUAAUGAACCCUACCUUUCAACUUCCCUCCAAGACUUUUGGGGUCGUAGGUGGAACCUAAUGGUUACUCGUAUUCUACGCCCCACUGUAUUCCACCCCGUAUACCAUAUAUCUACACAUUUUGUGGGCCCCUCUUGUGCCCUCACAAGUGCCGUGUUGGCGACCUUCAUUGUGUCUGGACUCAUGCAUGAGUUAAUAUAUUAUUAUCUUGCACGUGCGCCUCCCACGUGGGAAGUUACCUUUUUUUUUGUUCUUCAUGGUAUGUGCACAGCGGCGGAGGUGGCGGUGAAGAAGGUGAUGCUCCGCCGUGGGUGGCGGUUAAAUGGAGUCGUGUCGGGGCCGUUUGUGGUGGCGUUCUUGGUGGUUACCGGAAGGUGGUUGUUUUUUCCUCAAUUAUUGAGGAAUGGUGUGGAUAGAAAGGCCAUUGAAGAGAGUGCAACUUUAGUGGACUUUAUAAAGUCUAAGCUGCCAUUACAUUUGUUUAAUUUUUGA